CUACCCUAAGCGCUGGGAACGGACAAUUCGGCAACAGAGACCCUCCUCGCCCCCCAACGAGCUCAUAUUAUAUAUAUGGUUUGAGAAGGUGUUAGCAGAGUCACUGGAGAGCGCUUUGCAUCCCUUGAUCCAGGUUUUGGAGACACAGAUGGAAUGUCCAAGGAUGAAUCUGGGGGAGGACGUCCCCCAAGGACACAGACGUGUCUCACCGGGGAGCGGCUCUGUACCGAAAAGUGCCCCCCCACUCAACAAGACCCUCGAACAACUUCAGGAGCCCUCACCUCCUGUGGCUGAGAACAGAAAGACUCCAAGAGGAGCAGAUCCCGGGGUUGCCAGAGCACUUUUGAACCCUCCUGCCCGGCCCGGAGACAUGGGAACCCGGGGGCGGAUGAAGCACUUGAAAGGAGGCGAGGCGGUAGCUCUGCCGGAGGAUGCGACCCAAAUUAAGCAGGAGAAAGUUUUGGAUGUUCUCUGGAUUCCUGGCCUGCCUCAUCGGGGGAGCAAGAAUGACUUAGGGGAAGCAUCCUCCCUUCUUCCAGAUGGGUCUCAGCCGGUGCUGUUUGAAGAUGUAGCUGUGUCUUUUUCCCGGGAGGAGUGGGAGUGUUUGGAUCCCUCUCAGAAGGUCCUCUACCAGGACGUCAUGGGGGAAAACUACAGGAAUGUGGUGCUUCUGGGAAUUCCAUGUCCUGAAGUGGAUCUGAAGACCUGGAUAGAGUUCAGUGAAGAGCCAGGUGGCCCCAACCUCCCCACGGUCGAGGAAGGGGAGAAUGCGAGAACAGCCCCAACAGGAAAUCCAAGGGAGAGUCGUGACAAAAUUCCUCAGGGUGAGGAAUCUGUAGGGAUGCCCUCCAAACAGUGCCAAGGAGAGGCACCUGCUCAAGACCACCCCGGGGGAAUCCGGGAGGAUGAGCCAGACCCGAGCAGGAAGAAGUCGGGCCUUCCUUCCUUCCUUGAAAGCCCUCGGGGAGACACGUCGGGGCAUGGAGGCGAAACGAGGAUCCACCGGAGGGUCUGCCUCGACAGUCAGCAGAAAGACCCCCAGGGAGGGAGCCCCCGCAAGUAUGGAGAGAGUGGGAAAGGCUUCAGCCAGAAAUCAGACCUCCACCUCCACCUGAGGAACCACAAGAGAGAAAAGCCCUUCAAAUGCCCCAAACCUGGGAAAGGCUUCAGUCGGAGCGCAAAGCUUCCUAAACGUCAGCUCACCCGCUCGGAAGAGAAGCCUUUUCCCCACGAUUCUGGCAAAAGUUGCUCUCAGAAACCCAAACUCAUCCUCCACCAAGGGACUCACGCGGGAGAGAAAUCGUACAGGGGUGAAUGCAGAAGCAGCUUCCAUCAGAAAUCAAACCUCACCCUGCAGGGAAGGCCUCACGUGGCAGAGAAACUCUACAAGUGCCCCAGGUGUGGAAAAGGAUUCAGUCAGAGCUGCAACCUGUCCAUGCACCAGAGAAUCCACAAAGGAGAGCGGUCCUAUCCAUGUCACUGUGGGAAAAGCUUCAACCAGAAAUUAAAGCUAAUCCAACACCAGAGGAUUCACACAGGAGAGAGACGGUACAAAUGCCCUGACUGUGGCAGGGUCUUCUGUCGAAAAUCCAAACUUGUUCAGCACCAGAGGAAGCAUACGGAAGAGAAGCCCUGCAAGAGAAGACCUGAGUGCAGAAAGGGAUUUAAAGAGGAAGGUAACCUGGUUCAGCACCGGAGGACUCACGUGGGAGAGAAACCUAACAAACGCCCCAGGUGUGGGAGAGACUUCAGCCAUAACUCCAACUCCUCCAAACAUCAGUGUGACCACACUGGAGAGAAACCUCACAAAUGCCCCAGGUGUGGGGAAGGUUUCAGCCAGACCUCCAACCUCUCCGAACAUCAGUGCAUCAACACUGGAGAGAAACCUUACAAAUGUCCCAGCUGUGGGAAAGCCUUCAGUUACGGCUCCAACCUCUCUAAACAUCAGUGCAUCCACACUGGAGAGAAACCUUACAAAUGCCCCAGGUGUGGGAAAGACUUCAGCCAUAAUUCCGACCUCUCCAAACAUCAGUGUGCCCACAGUGGAGAGAAACGUCACAAAUGCCCCAGGUUUGGAGAAGGCUUUAGCCAGACCUCCAACCUCUCCAAGCAUCAAUGCAUCGACACUGGAGAGAAACCUUUCAAAUGUCCCAGGUGUGGAGAAGCCUUCAGUUGCGGCUCCAACCUCUCCGAACAUCAGUGCGUCGACCCUGGAGAGAAACCUUACAAAUGUCCCAGCUGCGGGGAAGGCUUCAGCCAUAACUCCGACCUCUCCAAACAUCAGUGUGCCCACAUUGGAGAGAAACCUCACAAAUGCCCCACGUGUGGGAAAGGUUUCAGCGAGACCUUCAAACUCUCCACACAUCAGUGCGUCCACACUGGAGAGAAACCUUAUAAAUGUCACAGGUGUGGGGAAGGCUUCAGCUGUAGCUCCAACCUCUCCAAGCAUCAAUGCAUCCACACUGGAGGGAAACCUUAUAAAUGUCCCAGGUGCGGGGAAGGUUUCAGCCACAGCUCCAACCUCUCCAAACAUCAGUGCAGCGACACUGGAGAGAAAUCUUACAAAUGUCCCAGGUGUGGGGAAGCCUUCAGUUGCGGCUCCAACCUCUCCGAACAUCAGUGCGUCGACCCUGGAGAGAAGCCUUACAAAUGUCCCAGCUGCGGGGAAGGCUUCAGCCACAACUCCAACCUCUCCAAACAUCAGUGCAGCGACACUGGAGAGAAACCUUACAAAUGUCCCAGGUGUGGGGAAGCCUUCAGUUGCGGCUCCAACCUCUCCGAACACCAGUGCAUGGACACUGGAGAGAAACCUUACAAAUGUCCCAGGUGUGGGGAAGGCUUCGGCCAUAAUUCCGACCUCUCCAAACACCAGUGCGUCCACACUGGAGAGAAACCUUUCAAAUGUCCCAGGUGUGGGGAAGCCUUCGGUUGCGGCUCCAACCUCUCCGAACAUCAGUGCGUCGACCCUGGAGAGAAACCUUACAAAUGUCCCAGCUGCGGGGAAGGCUUCAGCCAUAACUCCAACCUCUCCAAACAUCAGUGCAGCGACACUGGAGAGAAAUCUUACAAAUGUCCCAGGUGGGGGGAAGCCUUCAGUUGCGGCUCCAACCUCUCCGAACACCAGUGCAUGGACACUGGAGAAAAACCUUACAAAUGUCCCAGGUGUGGGGAAGGCUUCGGCCAUAAUUCCGACCUCUCCAAACACCAGUGCGUCCACAGUGGAGAGAAACGUCACAAAUGCCCCAGGUUUGGAGAAGGCUUUAGCCAGACCUCCAACCUCUCCAAGCAUCAAUGCAUCGACACUGGAGAGAAACCUUUCAAAUGUCCCAGGUGUGGAGAAGCCUUCAGUUGCGGCUCCAACCUCUCCGAACAUCAGUGCGUCGACCCUGGAGAGAAACCUUACAAAUGUCCCAGCUGCGGGGAAGGCUUCAGCCAUAACUCCGACCUCUCCAAACAUCAGUGUGCCCACAUUGGAGAGGAACCUCACAAAUGCCCCACGUGUGGGAAAGGUUUCAGCGAGACCUUCAAACUCUCCACACAUCAGUGCGUCCACACUGGAGAGAAACCUUAUAAAUGUCACAGGUGUGGGGAAGGCUUCAGCUGUAGCUCCAACCUCUCCAAGCAUCAAUGCAUCCACACUGGAGGGAAACCUUAUAAAUGUCCCAGGUGCGGGGAAGGUUUCAGCCACAGCUCCAACCUCUCCAAACAUCAGUGCAGCGACACUGGAGAGAAAUCUUACAAAUGUCCCAGGUGUGGGGAAGGCUUCAGUUGCGGCUCCAACCUCUCCGAACAUCAGUGCGUCGACCCUGGAGAGAAGCCUUACAAAUGUCCCAGCUGCGGGGAAGGCUUCGGCCAUAACUCCAACCUCUCCAAACAUCAGUGCAGCGACACUGGAGAGAAACCUUACAAAUGUCCCAGGUGUGGGGAAGCCUUCAGUUGCGGCUCCAACCUCUCCGAACAUCAGUGUGUCGACCCUGGAGAGAAGCCUUACAAAUGUCCCAGCUGCGGGGAAGGCUUCAGCCAUAACUCCAACCUCUCCAAACAUCAGUGUGCCCACAAUGGAGAGAAACCUCACAAAUGCCCCACGUGUGGGAAAGGUUUCAGCCAGACCUCCAAACUCUCCACACAUCAGUGCGUCCACACUGGAGAGAAACCUUACAAAUGUCACAGGUGUGGGGAAGGCUUCAGCUGUAGCUCCAACCUCUCCAAGCAUCAAUGCAUCCACACUGGAGGGAAACCUUACAAAUGUCCCAGGGGCGGGGAAGUUUUCAGCCACAGCUCCAACCUCUCCAAACAUCAGUGCAGCGACACUGGAGAGAAAUCUUACAAAUGUCCCAGGUGUGGGGAAGGCUUCGGUUGCGGCUCCAACCUCUCCGAACAUCAGUGCGUCGACCCUGGAGAGAAGCCUUACAAAUGUCCCAGCUGCGGGGAAGGCUUCAGCCAUAACUCCAACCUCUCCAAACAUCAGUGCAGCGACACUGGAGAGAAAUCUUACAAAUGUCCCAGGUGCGGGGAAGCCUUCAGUUGCGGCUCCAACCUCUCCGAACACCAGUGCAUGGACACUGGAGAGAAACCUUACAAAUGUCCCAGGUGUGGGGAAGGCUUCGGCCAUAAUUCCGACCUCUCCAAACACCAGUGCGUCCACACUGGAGAGAAACCUUUCAAAUGUCCCAGGUGUGGGGAAGCCUUCGGUUGCGGCUCCAACCUCUCCGAACAUCAGUGCGUCGACCCUGGAGAGAAACCUUACAAAUGUCCCAGCUGCGGGGAAGGCUUCAGCCAUAACUCCAACCUCUCCAAACAUCAGUGCAGCGACACUGGAGAGAAAUCUUACAAAUGUCCCAGGUGCGGGGAAGCCUUCAGUUGCGGCUCCAACCUCUCCGAACACCAGUGCAUGGACACUGGAGAAAAACCUUACAAAUGUCCCAGGUGUGGGGAAGGCUUCGGCCAUAAUUCCGACCUCUCCAAACACCAGUGCGUCCACAGUGGAGAGAAACGUCACAAAUGCCCCAGGUUUGGAGAAGGCUUUAGCCAGACCUCCAACCUCUCCAAGCAUCAAUGCAUCGACACUGGAGAGAAACCUUUCAAAUGUCCCAGGUGUGGAGAAGCCUUCAGUUGCGGCUCCAACCUCUCCGAACAUCAGUGCGUCGACCCUGGAGAGAAACCUUACAAAUGUCCCAGCUGCGGGGAAGGCUUCAGCCAUAACUCCGACCUCUCCAAACAUCAGUGUGCCCACAUUGGAGAGGAACCUCACAAAUGCCCCACGUGUGGGAAAGGUUUCAGCAAGACCUCCAAACUCUCCACACAUCAGUGCGUCCACACUGGAGAGAAACCUUAUAAAUGUCACAGGUGUGGGGAAGGCUUCAGUUGUAGCUCCAACCUCUCCAAGCAUCAAUGCAUCCACACUGCAGGGAAACCUUAUAAAUGUCCCAGGUGCGGGGAAGGUUUCAGCCACAGCUCCAACCUCUCCAAACAUCAGUGCAGCGACACUGGAGAGAAAUCUUACAAAUGUCCCAGGUGUGGGGAAGCCUUCAGUUGCGGCUCCAACCUCUCCGAACAUCAGUGCGUCGACCCUGGAGAGAAGCCUUACAAAUGUCCCAGCUGCGGGGAAGGCUUCGGCCAUAACUCCAACCUCUCCAAACAUCAGUGCAGCGACACUGGAGAGAAACCUUACAAAUGUCCCAGGUGUGGGGAAGCCUUCAGUUGCGGCUCCAACCUCUCCGAACAUCAGUGUGUCGACCCUGGAGAGAAGCCUUACAAAUGUCCCAGCUGCGGGGAAGGCUUCAGCCAUAACUCCAACCUCUCCAAACAUCAGUGUGCCCACAAUGGAGAGAAACCUCACAAAUGCCCCACGUGUGGGAAAGGUUUCAGCCAGACCUCCAAACUCUCCACACAUCAGUGCGUCCACACUGGAGAGAAACCUUACAAAUGUCACAGGUGUGGGGAAGGCUUCAGCUGUAGCUCCAACCUCUCCAAGCAUCAAUGCAUCCACACUGGAGGGAAACCUUACAAAUGUCCCAGGGGCGGGGAAGGUUUCAGCCACAGCUCCAACCUCUCCAAACAUCAGUGCAGCGACACUGGAGAGAAAUCUUACAAAUGUCCCAGGUGUGGGGAAGGCUUCGGUUGCGGCUCCAACCUCUCCGAACAUCAGUGCGUCGACCCUGGAGAGAAACCUUACAAAUGUCCCAGCUGCGGGGAAGGCUUCAGCCAUAACUCCAACCUCUCCAAACAUCAGUGCAGCGACACUGGAGAGAAAUCUUACAAAUGUCCCAGGUGGGGGGAAGCCUUCAGUUGCGGCUCCAACCUCUCCGAACACCAGUGCAUGGACACUGGAGAAAAACCUUACAAAUGUCCCAGGUGUGGGGAAGGCUUCGGCCAUAAUUCCGACCUCUCCAAACACCAGUGCGUCCACACUGGAGAGAAACCUUUCAAAUGUCCCAGGUGUGGGGAAGCCUUCGGUUGCGGCUCCAACCUCUCCGAACAUCAGUGCGUCGACCCUGGAGAGAAACCUUACAAAUGUCCCAGCUGCGGGGAAGGCUUCAGCCAUAACUCCGACCUCUCCAAACAUCAGUGUGCCCACAUUGGAGAGAAACCUCACAAAUGCCCCAGGUGUGGGAAAGGUUUCAGCCAGACCUCCAAACUCUCCACACAUCAGUGCAUCCACACUGGAGAGAAACCUUACAAAUGUCACAGGUGUGGGGAAGGCUUCAGCUGUAGCUCCAACCUCUCCAAGCAUCAAUGCAUCCACACUGGAGGGAAACCUUACAAAUGUCCCAGGGGCGGGGAAGGUUUCAGCCACAGCUCCAACCUCUCCAAACAUCAGUGCAGCGACACUGGAGAGAAACCUUACAAAUGUCCCAGGUGUGGGGAAGCCUUCAGUUGCGGCUCCAACCUCUCCGAACAUCAGUGCGUCGACCCUGGAGAGAAACCUUACAAAUGUCCCAGCUGUGGGGAAGGCUUCAGCCAUAACUCCAGCCUCUCCAAACAUCAGUGUGCCCACAUUGGAGAGAAACCUCACAAAUGCCCCACGUGUGGGAAAGGUUUCAGCGAGACCUUCAAACUCUCCACACAUCAGUGCGUCCGCACUGGAGAGAAACCUUAUAAAUGUCACAGGUGUGGGGAAGGCUUCAGCUGUAGCUCCAACCUCUCCAAGCAUCAAUGCAUCCACACUGGAGGGAAACCUUAUAAAUGUCCCAGGUGUGGGGAAGGUUUCAGCCACAGCUCCAACCUCUCCAAACAUCAGUGCAUCGACACUGGGGAGAAACCUUACAAAUGUCCCACGUGUGGGGAAGGCUUCAGCCAGACUUCCAACCUCUCCGAACAUCAGUCCGUCGACACUGGCGAGAAACCUUACAAAUGCCCCAGGUGUGGGAAAGACUUCAGCCAUAAUUCCGACCUCUCCAAAUAUCAGUGUGCCCACAGUGGAGAGAAACGUCACAAAUGCCCCAGGUUUGGGGAAGGCUUUAGCCAGACCUCCAACCUCUCCAAGCAUCAAUGCAUCGACACUGGAGAGAAACCUUAUAAAUGUCCCAGCUGUGGGGAAGGUUUCAGCUAUAGCUCUGACCUCUCUAAGCAUCAGUGCGUCCGCACUGGAGAGAAACCUCACAAAUGCCCCAGGUGUGGGGAACAAUUCAGCCAUAGCUCUAACCUCUCCAAACAUCAGUGGGUCCACCAUGGAGAGAAACCUUACAAAUGCCCCAGGUGUGGGAAAGGUUUCAACCAGAGCUCCAACCUCUCCAAACAUCAGUGCGUCCACCAUGGAGAGAAACCUUACAAAUGCUCCAGGUGUGGGAAAGGUUUCAACCAGAGCUCCAACCUCUCCAAGCACCCGUGCAUCCAUACUGGAGAGAAUUUACAAAUCCCCCAAAUGCCAGAGCCCAAAUCUAACCCCCAGAGGAACCACACAGUGGAGGGACCCUGACGAUGCGUUGUCAGAAGGAUUUUAUGCGACUGACCUUUAGAGACACCAAAGGAUCCACACAGGAGAGGAAACCUAAUACCAGAAGGCUUUAUUUUUAGGGGAGGCAUUGUAUUCUCUCCGGAAUGAAGCUGAGACUCCUCUGAGUCCAUUUGGGCUAGGCCUCUUACUCCAAAAUAAUUCGAUGCCUAGACUUCUUGGGAAUGUGUCUUCGGUAACGAUUUGGGGGGUGGGAGGUAAUUGUCGGUGGCGAGAUAGAUGAGAUCGAGGUAUCGAGGUAUAGAGACGAGCUUUUGGGGCUGGUGGGGCGAUAGCAUCAGAGAGGAGAAAGGGUAAGACAGCCAAGUAUGGUUAAAAAAGAGGGAGGAGAGAGAGGUAGAGAAAUAGUGUGAGU